AUGGGCGAUUCAUCGUACAAAGGCGUCUCCGCAUCGCAAGACUCUCGCUUUACGGAUAAGCAAUCCGUCCUGCUGCGCAAGCUCACCUUCCCCGCCUCCUUCUCUACCAAAGUCGACAUGACCCGAGUCGAACUUUCGGUGAUCCGCCCUUGGAUCUCGCGCCGCAUCACUACGCUGCUGGGCUUCGAGGACGAUGUGGUGCUCGAGUACGCCACCGGCAUGUUGGAGGAGGAGCGCUUUCCGGAUCCGAGGAAGGUGCAGAUCCAGCUUAUGGGCUUUUUGGAGGGCCAAACGGCGGGGUUUAUGGAGGAGCUGUGGGAGCUGUUGGUGAGCGCACAGGAGAGUGUGGGGGGUGUACCGAGGAGGUUUGUGGAGGAGAAGAAGGAGGAGUUGCGCGUCAAGAGGGAGGAGGGAGAGAGGGUUGUUAGAGAGGCUAGGGAGAGGGCGGCGAGGGCGGCCGAGGCGGGAGGCGCGAGGGGACAGGAGGGAAAGAGACGGUCGAGGUGGGAUGCCGGCCCGACAUCGUCGACUUCGGACAGUGUAGCAGUGGACACGAGGCCACCAGCAUAUGGUGCGGACAGAAGACUCAACAACGGAGGCGAGUAUCGCAGGCGGGAACCGCCAAGCAGGUCCGAAUGGAACCGCCGCCGAGACGAUGACCACCGCAAUGGUACGCAGCGCAGUCGAGACUCAGGCUGGGGAUCUCGAGCUCCUCCACCGCCUCGCGAAGACACCGCCUUCCGUGACAGUCAGACCCGUCGCUCGCCCUCGCCUCCACCACGCCAUCGACGAAGAUCGCCGUCCCCACCGCCACGACAGCGAGACCCUCCGCGCACGCGGUCAAGAUCUCGCUCGGUCACGCCAGACUAUCGUGCGGAGAUGCGUGACCGUAAACAACGAGAUCGUCCUUCAAAGGGCACUGCUGACUCUCUCGAGCACGACGAUCGGCAUUCGCGAGCGCGGGAGGACGAAAGCGGUCGGCGUGAACGUCGGCGGGAUCGAGAUACACAAGGUCGGGCUGUCGAGGCGGAAGGUUCCAGGAGAAAGCCUCCGCGAGAAGACGAUCGCGAGGAAGAGGCAGAGCGGGAAAGAGACCUCAGAGACAAGCUUCUGCGCGCAAAGGCUUCCCGCAGCUCCCAGCGCUCCGAUUGA